AUGAAGUUCACUAACUAUCUAUUGCAGGCUGCUGCACUCCUUUCCUCCCAAGCUUUUGCUGAAACUUUUAUCAUUGACAAUGAUACUCCAACCGCUUUACAAUUCUUGCUUCCACUAGCUGCUGGAAAAAAGGUUGCAGGUAUCACUACCAAUAUUGGUGAUUAUUUAGUUGAAGGUGCCACAUAUGAAGCAGCUGUUGCCUUAAAACAUGGUAACCUUACAUCAUGUAUUCCAGUUUACCAAGGUGCGGCAACACCAUUGGUGCGCACCAACGACACCUAUCAAUUGUGGCAACAAUUGUACGGCCCAAUUUACUGGCAAGGGUGCUGGGCUGCUGAUUACCAGGACCCUAAUCCAAAGGGUGAAAAGUACGUCUAUAACGACACAGUCACUGCUACUCAGUGGUUGAUAGACUACGUCAAAAAUGCCAAUGAUUCCGUGACAAUUGUUGCAGCUGGUACCAUGACCAACCUAGCAAUGGCUUUGGUUCAAUACCCAGAUUUCGCAAAGAAUGUCAAGUUGGUUAUCAUGGGUGGUUACAUUGACGGGCAAAUUGCUCAAGCUACUGGUGGUGAUUUCAUAAACGACAUGUACACAGAUUUCAAUUUGAUGUUUGAUCCUGAAGCUGCUCAAACUGCAUUAAGUGCAAAUUGGAAAGAAUUGGUUGUCGUUGGUAAUAUCAGCAGUGAGCUUUUCCCAACCCAGGACCUAUAUGAUGAGUUGAUCGAGAAGUCUGGUGGUUUGACCAAAUUAUCUAACACUACGGAAUUGCAAUAUGUUAAAGAUACUGUUGGAAAUGGUACAUUGCCAAGCUUUAAUCUACCAUACUGGGACGAAGUUGCUGCUGCUGUUGCUGCCAACCCUCAACUAGUCGAAGAGUCGUAUGAAGCUUACGUCUCUAUUGAUACUUCAUUCUCAAGUCCAUUUUAUGGUAACAUGAGAAUUGUACCAGGUGAUCUACGUGCUAAGAGAGGUGUAGCAACUAAAAAAGCUACUUUCGUCACCAAGAUUAACACAGAUAAAUUCUAUGAUGCCAUAGUAAAUGCUUUGGUCAGAGAUUGGACUGAUUACUGUAAGACUGGGAAAACCCAAAACCUAGCGGUAUAA